AUGAAUUUCCACAUCUUAACUCUACUUUGGGCUUUUCUUUUGCCAACCGUCCUCGCUGAAACUCGACUGGGACCAGAGAAGGCAGUGUUGGUCACUUAUCCUUCAAAAACACCUGCCUCCGUCAUCGAAAAGGCUAUACUCGCUCUCGAGGCCGCAGGCGGAAAAAUAACUCAUAAGUUUGUGCUGAUCAAGUAUGGUCCCUUCCGCGCUUUUAUAUCUCUAUUUAUACCACCCGCUAAGAUGUUGGAAACUAGGGGCUUUGCUGCAACUGCGCCCGCAACGGCCUUGGAAAUGCUUUCAUCAUUGUCGGUGGACUUUGCUCCGUGGAUCGAAGAAGAUCAGAUGGUCACCGCCAACGGUGACUUGUCAUCCGGCGUCAAUAAAGCGUGA